AUAUAUAAAAAAUGAAUUACAAGAAAGAAACUUUAGAAUUACUUGGUUACGAGAACGUUGUUUCUUUAAUACCAAUAAACUUACUAAACGAGUAUCCUGAAUACUUUACUAUUGAAUAAUAAUCUCCAAUAGUCACUGACAUUUCUCAAAGUAAAUAAGAGUAAUUUAAUUUUAGUGACUGAAAAUGGACUGAUUUUUAUGUCAGCUCUGAGCUAAAGCAACACCCCUUAACUUUCAGCAUAAUUAUUAAGGUCUGUAUAAUCAAAGAGUUCUAGAGGAAAAAUUAGAACUUUUUUCCCUUAAAGUAUUUAGAAUAUAAAUAUCUCUUAAGAAUGGCCAGUAGUAAAAACAAACAUGAGUCCAUUUUCUUUUUCAAAAUAUUCUCAUUUUUAAUCUUUAAUCAUCCGAAAUUGGUACUAUCUAGACAAUUGUAAUAAUAUUUAAGGUAUUAAUUAUAAAAAUUUUAAGGACCAUUUUCUUGUGUAGAAAUGGAUAAUUGGUAUAGAAAAAAUCUUCUCAAUGUUGAUUUGUUGAUAAGUUAUAAAUCAAGAGACUUAACUUCGUUUGUCAAAGUAAAAGAAAUUCUUAAAGAUUCUGAAAAUCCUAAAUGCAAUAAAAUUCUAAAAUAGAUGCAUAAAAGAGCAUCAAGUGCUAUAAGAAAUUGUAAAUACUUAAAUAACAUUUAGAAUAAAAAAUUUCAAUUGAUUCUCCAAUUAGCAAAGCAUCAACUGAACUAUCCUUAAGCAACAAUAAUAGUUGUUAAAAAUAGAGAUAACCAAUUUGGGGAGUUGAUACAGAAUAUUUAUUAAGUUUUUGAUCA